UGAAGAACGCACGGACCGCGGAGGGCACAGCCGUGAGCUCGGAGCGGACCCCCCACCGUGAGAAGCUGGAGCACUUCAAGCGCAUGUGCCAGCUGCUGGAGCGGGUGACCCCAGCCCAGAGCUCCAGCUCCAGCUCCAGCUCUGAUUCCGACUCCGACUCCCAGGGCUCGGAGGAGGAGGACGAGGAGGAGGACGAGGAGGACGACGACGAAGACGGAGCGGACGACCAGGAGGAGGGGGAGAGCAGCGACUGCACUGGGGCCAAUGGCAGCUCCCGUCUACCAGGAGCCCACCGGACGGCAUCGGCGGCCACUGCGGCGGCCCUUCUGGGCUUCAGCGAGAGCGAGGAGGAGGACGAGGAGCAGGCCGCCGAGCUGGAGGAGGACGAGCGAGCGGAGGACGAGGAACCGGAGGAGCUGGCGGAUCCCGCUCAGCGGCUGGCCCCCGACCCCGCCCCGCGCAACGGCAGGGCCAGGGGGCGGGAGCCCUGGCAGGGCAAGGAGAACCAGCACGCCGCCCGGAACCCGCGGGGCCGCGCCCAGUCGGGCCGCAAGCCCCCCCGGCUUACCGGGGCGCCGGGCCUGCGGGUGGCCGCCGCCCGCUCCCAGUUCCUGAAGCGGCCACCCAUCUGCUCGCCCGCCCGGCCCCUGCUGAUGGAGCGCCACGUGGUCAAGCCCCCGCCUGACAGCCCGGAGCCCGACUCGCUGCCCCUGGAGACCGGCUCCGACCACGUCCUGCAGCGGCACGCCUGGCUCGCCAUCUUCCGCUACCUCAGCCACCGUGACCUGUGCGUCUGCAUGAGGGUGUGCCGCACCCUCAACCGCUGGUGCUGUGAUAAACAGUUAUGGACCAAGAUUGACCUGAGCAGGCAGAAGUCGAUCACUCCGGCCAUGCUGAGUGGGAUCAUCAGGAGACAGCCCAUUACCCUGGACCUCAGCUGGACCAGUAUCUCCAAGAAGCAGCUCAUGUGGCUCAUUAACCGGCUGCAGGGCCUGAAGGAGCUGAUCCUGUCGGGGUGUUCCUGGUCCUCGGUUUCCGCCCUGUGCUCUGCCAGUUGUUCCUGCCUGAGGCUCCUCGAUCUUCGCUGGGUCGAGGACAUGAAGGACUCGCACCUCCGUGAGCUCAUCUCCCCUCCGAGUGACACUCGGCCAGGUAGGAACCGGAGGCGGACGGG